GGAGAAUCGCAUUCACAAAUCACAAUCACCCUCUCUUGUGCUGUGCGCAUCCAUCCAUUCAUAAUUCAUCCACAUCCCUUCCACUACCAUCUCUCUAUCUCUUCCUUCAUACACACCAAAAUAAUAAAGUUUCACACUUUCACCGUUUCCACAACUGGGUUUCUGAUAUGGAAGGGACCUGAACUCAAAACAAAACAAAAAAACCGUUUUGGUAAAUUUGUUGUUGAAUUCAGAAUUGUGAGAGAGCGAAAGUGAAUGAUGGAGUCGAAGGGUCUGCGGUUCAUAGCGUACCAAUCAAUAUUCUCGAGAGUUGGAUCUGGGGACUUUGAUGGUGUUAAGAGAGUGGUGGAGCAAGUGAAGAAGGAAGAUGCUUCAUUGCUCUCUGAUGUCAUGUCUCUUCAGAACGAUGCUGGAGAAACCGCGCUUUACAUCGCUGCAGAGAAUAAUCUGUUAGAGAUUUUCAGGUUCUUGCUCAGCUUGUGUGACUUUGACGUCGUCAAGAUUCGCUCCAAGUCUGACAUGAACGCUUUUCAUGUUGCUGCCAAACGUGGCCAUCGAGAUAUUGUGAGGGAGCUUUUGAAUACUUGGCCUGAGGUCUGUAAAUUAUGCGACUCGUCAAACACCAGUCCUCUGUAUUCUGCUGCAGUUCAAGACCACUUGGAUGUGGUGAAUGCUAUCUUGGAUGUCGAUGUCAGUACCAUGUUCAUAGUCAGGAAAAAUGGCAAAACUUCAUUGCACAAUGCUGCUAGAUAUGGCGUUGUUCAAAUUGUAAAAACGCUUAUUGCUCGGGAUCCAGGAAUAGUAUGCAUCAAAGAUAAAAAAGGUCAAACUGCACUGCAUAUGGCUGUCAAAGGACAGUGUACUGCAGUGGUGGAGGAGAUAUUACUAGCUGAUCCUUCUAUAUUGAAUGAGCGAGAUAAGAAGGGUAAUACAGCUCUUCAUAUGGCUACAAGGAAAGGCCGUUCACAGAUAGUGAACCUUUUGCUGAGCUAUUCGGCUGUGGAUGUUAAUGCCAUCAAUAAGCAGCAGGAAACGGCCUUGGAUUUGGCUGAUAAACUGCCAUAUGGAGAUUCAGCUUUGGAAAUCAAGGAAGCCCUUGCAGAAUAUGGUGCUAAGUAUGCCAGGUAUGUUGGUAAAGUAGAUGAAGCAAUGGAACUUAAAAGAACUGUGAGUGAUAUAAAGCAUGAGGUGCAGUCACAGCUUAUACAGAAUGAGAAGACUCGCCGACGCGUAUCUGGUAUUGCCAAGGAGUUGAAGAAACUUCAUAGAGAAGCGGUUCAAAACACCAUUAAUUCUGUGACAGUGGUUGCUGUCCUUUUUGCCUCAAUAGCAUUCUUGGCCAUCUUCAAUUUGCCGGGUCAAUAUAUAACGGAAGGACCAGAGGCUGGAGAAGCUAAUAUAGCCUCUCAUCAUCAUGUUGGUUUCCAAGUUUUCUGCUUUCUGAAUUCUACAUCUCUUUUCAUUUCUCUUUCAGUUGUUGUAGUACAAAUCACUUUGGUAGCCUGGGACACAAGGGCUCAAAAGCAGCUUGUGUCUGUGGUUAACAAGUUGAUGUGGGCUGCAUGUGCAUGCACAUGUGGUGCUUUUCUAGCAAUAGCUUUUGAGGUUGUUGGAAAGAAAAAAUGGAUGGCUAUCACCAUCACCCUUCUGGGAGCACCAAUUCUUGUUGGCACUCUAGCAAGCAUGUGCUACUUUGUUUUUCGACAACAUUUCGGUAUUUUCCGCAGCGAUUCCCAGAGACGCAUCAAGAGAGCAAGUGGAAGCAAAUCUUUCUCAUGGUCUUACUCAGCAAAUAUAUCAGAUUUGGAUGAAUAUAAUUCUGACAUUGAGAAGAUAUAUGCCUUGUGAGUCAAGGAUCACGUUAUCACAUAAAAGAAGAGCAAUGUUUCAACCUUUUAACUGAAACUGUUAUACCACUGCUAAGUGAUCAUGUUUGCUCGCUGGGAUUUCAUUAUUCAUCUCAAGUUUGCAGUUUUUGGUUUCAGGCUGUACUACUAGGCAAAUCAGUUGGGUUUGCAUAUGCUAAUGCGAUUAUUAUUAAUAAUAAUCAACACUUGUAGAUUUAUGUACAUGUAAUAAAAAAAUAUGAAAAGGAGGUCCACUACUCAA